CAUCUCAAUGCGUAGCUCCAAGCUGCUGUGGUCUGCGUCGACAAACCCCGUUCGUUGCGACAACACCAGGCACUCACUCUCUUAAGCCACAGACCAAAGCUGGUCUCGCGCCGAGCAUGCCCACAGUGACUGACUGCCACGGGGCUGCCGAGGCUUCUGGCCGUGUUUGGUGGCCGGCAUUAUCUGAUCGAACCCUGGCUUCCAAGGUUGGUGCCUACGUCAACCUUCCCGGCACGGGCAGCAACUCCCCACUCACAAGCUCACCACGGCCAUCCAUUCAUCGAGGCCGAUAUGUAACACCAUAGAGUUUGCAGCACGUGUGAGC